ACUAAGAAGAUAUUGAUCUCGGGUCAAUGGCUGCUUUCGUAACAGGCUUAACCAAGGUUGACGUUUUAGGGUAUCCGGAUAUGUUAAACCCCAAGUAUACGGAAAUUUUCGCAAACUCUUCCGCUUCUAACACAGCACAUAAAAUUGUGAAUAAAACGGAGAGAGCUGUUCAUAGUGGUGCUAGUGACCUAAGUAAAGCAGCACACAAAGGAAUUAAUAAAACACAAAAAGCCGCAAAAUCGCUUGAGAAGGAUGCUAAAAAGGCUGUGAAGCAUAAAUAAAAAAUUUUAUUGAAAAAAAUAUUUUAUAAUAAAAAAUAAAGAAAUUUUGAAUUAGCAAAAACGACAAGUUUUGGGACAUAAAGUCCUCAUUAUUUGAAAAAUGUUUGGAGCAAAGCAGCGGUCCUGAGUCCACCAACAAACUGUUAUUUUGUCCUCACAUACUCCUAAAAUUAUUUUUUUUAUUUCAUUACUAUUCUAAUGUGAAGACACUCUCUAUUAGAAUAUAUCCCAAAAGGAAGGAUACG